CCUCCACAGGCCCUGAGGAAGGAGCUGCAGACCUGGAAAGUGGACGUGGUGUUGAAUGACGGGGCCCCUAAUGUGGGGGCCAAUUGGCUGCAUGAUGCCUACUCUCAGGCCCACCUGACCCUGAUGGCCUUGAAGCUGGCCUGCGAGUUCCUGAACAAAGGCGGCUACUUCAUCACCAAGGUGUUCCGCUCCAAGGACUACCAGCCCCUCCUCUGGAUCCUGCAGCAGUUCUUCCGGAAGGUUCAGGCCACCAAGCCUCAGGCCUCCAGGAACGAGUCGGCUGAGAUCUUUGUCGUGUGCCAGGGCUACAUCGCGCCCGAUAAGAUCGACAACAGGUUCUUCGAUCCCAAACAUGCCUUCAAAGAGGUGGAAGUUCAGAGCAAGACCAUCCGUGACCUGGUGACGACCAAGAAACCCAAGGCGGAGGGAUAUGCUGAGGGUGACUACACGCUGUACCACCGCUUCACGCUGAUGGAGUUCAUCAAGGCGCGUAAUCCAGUGGACUUCCUGGACAAAGCCAAUGAGAUCACCUUUGACAAUCCAGAGCUGGAAAACCAUUCAGCCACCACAUCGGAGGUCCGGGAAUGCUGCAAGGAUGUGCGUGUGCUGGGUCGGAAGGAGCUGAGGCUGCUCCUGAGCUGGAGAAACAAACUGAGACGCCACCUCGUGAAGAACCUGAAGGACCAGGCGAAGGAGCUGGGCGACAACAUCAGCCUGAACUCAGAGGACGAGAGCGAUGAGGAGAAGGGCCUGUCGCCAGCCGGCAAGCAGCGGGAAGCGGAGGGAGCGGGCCUCCUGGCCGAGGAGGGAGCGGGCCUCCUGGCCGAGGAGGGAGCGGGCCUCCUGGCCGAGGAGGGAGCGGGCCUCCUGGCCGAGGAGGGAGCGGGCCUCCUGGCCGAGGACGAGGAGCAGAUGGAGCAGCAGCUGGCCCUCCUGAAGGCUGAGGAGGUGGCGGAGUUGAAGAGGAAGAAGAAGAAGAUUCUGAAGGAGAGACGGAAGCAGCGGGAGAGGAUUGAGCUGAAGAUGGAUCUGCCGGGGGUCUCCAUCGCUGACGAUGCUGAGGUCUGCCUCUUCUCCCUGAAAGCAAUUAACCGCAGGAAGAUGACGGAGAUUGAGCAGGGCGACAUGAAGAUGGCCGACCAGGCCCUGGAGGCUGGACUCCUCGACCAGGACGGCAUCAACGUCUCUGACCAGGAGAUGGUGGAUGAGAUCUCACUGGCCAGUGACCUCGACGACUCCGAUCUCCAGGAUGUCCUGGACCACGAGAAGCAGCUGGAGAGCAAGAGGAGAUUACAACGCAAAAGGCCCACAGCCUCCGGGCAGGAGGAGCCCAGGGGGCUGGAGGAGGAGGGAAAUCCACUGCUGGUCGAGCUGGAGCCCAAGGACGUGCGGCAGGAGCGACAGGCUGACCUGUGGUUUGGGAAGGAGAUCUUCACCGGACUGGACGCUGACGCUGACGAGGCUCUGGAGAUUAAACAGACCAAGAAGCUGUACGCCCAGCAGGGCCUGGUGCUCGCAGGUGAGGAGGGAAGGUCGGCCGGAGAGAACGAGACCCCCCCCUCGGGGUCGAAGGAGCUGACGAGGGCGAAUGAACAGCCGGAAGAUUCGGAGGAAGAGAGUUCAAGCGACGAGAGCGAUAUUCAGGAGAUGAAGCGAAUUGGAAGCAAAGGUCAGACGGAGACGCUGGAUGAAAACAACAUAUUUGAGGUGGUUCACGUAGAGAAGUCAAUGAAAAGGGCUCAGGUUCUGGACGCUGAAGGACUUGCGUUAGGAGCCUCCAUCGCAGCAUCGAAGAAGAGAGCCCGAGACCUCAUCGACGACACGUUCAACAGAUACACGUUCGAGGAGGAUCAGGACGAGCUGCCCGCCUGGUUUGUGGAGAAUGACCAGAAGUACCGGCGGAGGCCCGUGCCCUUUGACCCCGCCAUGGCCGCCGAGUUCCGCCAGCGCUGGAGAGAGAUCAACGCUCGGCCCAUCAAGAAAAUCGCAGAGGCUAAAGCUCGGAAGAAGCGGAGGCAACUGAAGAAAAUGGAACAAGCCAGGAAGAAAGCAGAGGCCGUGGUCAACACCGUCGAUAUCUCUGAGCGUGAGAAAGUGGCUCAGAUGAAGAGCAUCUACAGGAAGGCCGGAGUCAAGGAGAAACGCGAGGUGACCUACCUCGUGGCCAAGAAAGGCGCCGGCCGCAAAGUCCGCCGUCCGGCCGGGGUCAAGGGUCAGUUCCGGGUGGUGGACCGCAGGAUGAAGAAGGACACGAGGAAGAUGGCCAAGGACGGAACGGCCAAAGGGAAGAGGAGGGGCAAGUAGGAGGUGUCACCUCCCCCCCCCACACCAACCCAAACCUCCGGAAGGUUCUCUCUCCGCCUCCACCUCCUGUUGAGGAAGCGAUUUCACCCCCCCGCCCCCCCACCCCCGAGAGAAAACGUUCCUCCUCAUCUCUGUCCUCAGUGGAUGACCCCUUACUUUUAAACUGUGACCCCCUCCCCCCUCUCCAACCCUUUGACCUCCCUCGACACCUCGGUCCGCUCGUCCCUCAACUCCCGACACUCGAGGGACGAGGCUGGUCUCCCCCUCGCAACCCAACCCCUUACCUCAUGCCUUCCUGCAGCCCCUUCUCUAUGAUCGUCACACC